AGAAUUCACACGUGUAAUAUGAUCCACGCGUGCCAAAAUUGGAAGCAAAGCGGAUAAGGGGUUCUUCACUGGCCUUCCCUCCAUUUCUCCGAGUAACCGAGAGUGCAACCAUGGCGACGAGCUCUCAUCUUCUUCCUCAGGUUUUUCUCUAUCUCACUCGCAAACACGAGGCAUUGCAUAUGAUACCGAGAAACCCUACGCAGUCAUCGAAAAAUUUAGGGUUUUCUUCGGUUCUAUCAUGCGCACCUUCGAUGAAUUCUCGUCUAUCGUUUUCAAGGCUUUCUCUGAAUCACCACCCAAGCUCGAAACUCGGCUUCUCACUCGAUACUAGAGCGAGACGAGAGUUCAUCGUUAGAGCAGAAGAUAACACUGAAGGUGAAGCUGGUGAUGGUGCAGCUGAUACGGAAGGCAAUGCAGAAGAGGCGGUGGAAACUGGUGAAGCCAAACCUCAAAGGAAACCGAGAGUCAAGCUCGGAGACGUAAUGGGUAUACUGAACCAGAAAGCAAUUGAGGUAUCAGAGAAAGUGAGACCUGUUCCAGAAAUCAGGACAGGAGAUAUUGUUGAAAUCAAAUUGGAAGUUCCUGAGAACAGACGUAGGCUAUCUAUCUACAAAGGCAUAGUGAUGUCGAGACAAAACGCAGGCAUACACACUACCAUUCGUAUUCGGAGAAUCAUUGCUGGUAUUGGUGUUGAAAUCGUGUUUCCCAUAUACUCUCCCAACAUCAAAGAGAUAAAAGUGGUGAAUCACAGGAAAGUGAGAAGAGCAAGGCUUUACUACCUGAGGGACAAGCUUCCCCGUCUGUCCACUUUCAAGUGAACACCAUCAACUGUGAUGUGUUCGACCUCCAAAGGUAGUAAUCUUUCGCUCUGUGUUCUGUUCUUGUAAGAAUUGUUCCUUUCUUUUAUUUUCUUUUAAAAAUCUGUAACUCAUGGCAAGCACAUUCUUCUGAGAAAGUAAAUCAAUAUUAGUCGAGCUACCGGUUGGUGAAUGUAGACCUGGUCCUUGUUUGAUAAUGAUUUAUAUUCGACCUUUUUUAGGACUUAAG